GCAGGUGUCGCCAAAGCUUCACGUUGAGCGCGGCUGUCAGCAGCAUGUACUGUACAGUAGGGCAGCUGAGCUUUAUUUUGCUUCCCAGACUGGAAACCACUGUAGUGCAGUUGGACUUGACGUCUAGCAACACAACAUCACAGACUUUAAGCAAGCAGACACGGCGACUUAGCACGUUAGCGACUGCAUUUACAGCCGUGGUGCCAGUGUGAGAGCGCCUCAGUGCCUCGUGCUGAGUUUGGGACUGCAGCAACGGGACAAAAGACAUAAACGAGGGAGGACGGGAGUCAAAGAAACACGGGAACAAGCCUGCAAAAACGCUCAGAGAAUCGGAGGAGACGGCAUGUUGAUUAGAGCUGAGUUUAAGAGAGAAUCCUGACUGUGGGGGAGACGGAGGCAGACAGAGAGACUGAGAAAUAAAUAGAUUUGAAGCUCACAGACACAAAAGAGGCUGAGAAGCUCACCUGCAUCCAGACAGGUUGAAAAAUUGAUAGACAGACAAGAAUUCAUGGUGCUGGCCAUGGCUGUAGGCCUGCUGCUGGGAGGAUAGAGUUCAGAUCAACCACAUCCACACUGCAACUUCCUAAACCUUCAUCCAUCCUCUUUUAACCUGACCUGAAGUCAGUGUCUCAGACCCAAGACCCCUCCAUCUCCUCCUUUUGUGCCCCUCUUCCUCUUAGCCAUCACCACAUUGCCCAGGUCCUGCAGUAGCAAAACUGUCAAAAGACAGUUAUAUAAUCGCACAGACUAGAUAACCAGUCAGCUGUGUACUUAGAGUGACUGUGCGACAGUCGCCUGUUGCAGAAUUGGACAGACAGCGGCCUUUUAUUCACGCACAUGGACUGUUGAUGAAGAAAGAUGGCAGUGAGACUGGCAGGCGCCGUCCCUUCCUCUCGGCCACCCUCCCUCCCUCCAGCGGCCGUGGCUCGGACCGGUUAAGGUUUGUCUGUUGGCAUCCAUCGCAGCAUCGGCAGCAGCUGGCAGAGCGCGGGAAGGAGCAGUAUGCAGGAAACUGACUUACCGGCCACAAAUGCCUUUAAAGAGUGCAAGUUCCACUGCACCAAUGGGAAUUGUUUGCGUCUGGGCUCGCUGAUCUGCAACCAGCUGAAUAACUGUGGGGACAACAGCGAUGAGGAGAACUGCCCCGUGGUCACCCAGCACCCUCCACCGGGCAUCUUCAACUCUGAACUGGAGUUUGUUCAGAUCGUCAUCAUCAUCGUGGUGAUGACAGUGAUGGUGGUGGUGAUCAUCUGCUUGCUCAACCACUACAAGCUCUCCACCUGGUCCUUCAUAACAAGGCAGAGCCAGGCCCGCAGGCACGACCAUGCCCUGCAGCAGGAUGGGUGUCUGUGGCCUUCAGACAGCAGCUCUCGACAAGGUGCCUCGGAGGUAUUAUAUGCUCCCCAGGCCAGGGAUCGCUUCACCGCUCCCUCCUUCAUGCAGCGCGACCGAUUCAGCCGCUUCCAGCCCACCUACCCCUACCUGCAGCACCAGAUCGACCUGCCACCCACCAUCUCGCUGUCGGACGGUGAGGAGCCCCCGCCGUACCAGGGUCCCUGCACCCUGCAGCUUCGUGACCCCGAGCAGCAGAUGGAGCUCAACCGCGAGUCGGUGAGGGCACCGCCCAACCGGACCAUCUACGACAGUGACUUGAUCGACAUGGGAGGAGGCGGGGGCCUUGGAGGGGUGGGGGGUGGAGGGGGAGGAAUGGGAGGAGGCGGGCCGAGGCCGCCAAGCAGUAACUCGGGCAUCAGUGCGGCCAACUCCAGCAGCCACGGGCGCAUGGAGGGCCCCCCGCCAGCGUACAGCGAGGUGAUGGGCCACUACCCCGGCUCAGCUUUCUUUCUACACCAGCACAGCAAUAACCAGAGGGUGGGGGGGCCGGGGAGCAGGACGAUCCAGCAGCAGAGCCAAUCAGAAAGCACAAUAGUACCUGCCAAGGCCAAGGACGGCCAACCGGAGGACCUGGUGUGAAGAAAAAGGGUAGGGGGGCAGGCGGGGCUACCCACCCCUGACUGAAAGCUGUCUCUCCUCUUCACCCCUGAUCACCUGUAAGCAGUGGUCUCUCUAUCGCGCGCUCUCUCUCUGUCUCUCUCAUGUCCUCUCUCCACACUCCCAUGCACAAAUAAAUAUCAACCUUAGCUACAACAAAACAAGGAAAGAGGAACCAAGAGUUGAUUUUUCUGUUUCUUUCCAAUGUUAGUCAUUCAAACAGCUAGCACUGCUGGGGCAGGAUGUAUGCACUGCGUGGAGAGUUUUGUUUUUGUUUUUUUUCCUCUACAUGAGAAAGAAACAUACUGCUAGCACAGAUUGAAACGAUUUGCUUUUUCGUCCCCUCGGGUGACGUGCUCUGUCCCCGGGAACUGAGGAUGAUGUUUUUUUUUCUUUUUUGUUUCUUUUUUCGGACCGGGAUCUGUGCACAAAGCGAGAACUGAGAAUCAAGGACUUAACAGAGAACACAACAAAAACAAGAGACUCACAAACCCAAAUCUUAGUGCCAAGGUUCACAAGGAAGCAAAGCAAAGGGGGGAAGAAAUGACUCGUUCUAACAUUCAAAACACAAAAAAGAAAAGUUAUCUAAAAGUUGCACUAUCUUUUUGUUGUAAAAGAGAAGAGGGAAAUUAUGCUAUGUGAUGAUAAUGAUGUGUUUGUUUUUUCUCUCUCUUUUUUUUCGUCCUUUUCAUGAAUGGACUGACUGACUGAACUUUGCCUCCAAAGUUGUUUAAACAGUUGGGAGCAAAAAAAAAAAAAAAAAGUAUUAUAAGCUUAUGUCCUUCCUUUUUUUGAAAACAGCAAGAAAUACUCGUACCCAGCCUACAACAUCUCUGUCUGCUUACACCACAGGCACAGUGAGACUUAGUAAGAGAAUAACCCUGUACUGCUCACGUCUGUGAGAAAGAAAUCUGCCUGGUGAUCAGCUGCUGGGUGGACAAAACAUUUCUCACUUCCUCUGGUAGUUUGUUACAAGAUUUAUAGAUAGGUUUCCAAAACCAGAGUAGUUCUUAAACUCUUUGAAAGAUGAGAGCUGCUUGGCAAGAUCCAACAUGCUCCAUACUAACAGAUCUGGCCAGGUGGUUGGAUAUCAAGUUAACCAAGAAUAACAUAACUCCAUAACAAAAGGAAAGCAUAUCUAACUGUCCAUCCAGCAGCAUGGUCACAGCAGAUUCUUCACUUUUCAACUCUGUCCCAACCUCUGAGCACCUGACACUUCCUCUUUCCUGUUUCCUGCGUCCAUAGCCCCCUCCCCACCCCACCUCCUCCUCUCCUCUCACCGCUCAUCUCGACAUGCACAGUUCAUUCUGCCAACAGCCACACUGAACACGAACCCCGGCGCCAUGACAACGAAAACACACAACAAAAAAAGAAGGCUCAGCUCUCCGUCUUCACGUUUCUAAAGCCACAAAAAAGAAAAAGAAAAAAAAAACACAGGACGACACAAAGUGAAGAUUCCUGUCUGCAUCCGCCAGCACAGCGAUCAGGUUUUAAACGAAAACUGUCUGUGGUCGAAGUCAAAGGGCUAUGGGAGGGUCCUUUUUGUAAAAGAAAACCUUUUUGAAAAUUGAGCCUUUUUCUCUGCUCAUCGUUGCCUUCUCCUCUGCUCUUGCGCUUUCUCUGUCUCUCUAUCUUGUUUGCAUUCAACACCAGUGCCCCCCCUCCUCCCUCUCUCUAACCCCCAUCCCAGCUUGUUAACAGUGUCUCUGGUCACUGUUCAUCAUCCCUCCUUCCAUCCGUGUGCAGAAAAAGUGCGUUCAAAUGAUGCAGAGUCCGCCAAGCCCUUUAAAGUGGAGACUGGAGUGGAGCCCUUGUUUGGCAGUGUGCUAGUGCAGUCCUUUCCUCCCUCUGUGUGUGUGAGUGUGUGUGUGUGUGUGUGUGUGUAAGUGUGUGUGUGAGUGCAUGUGUGUGUGUGUUUUUGUUGGUCAGACCUUUUAAAACACAGAAAGGCACUUAAUGUUCCUGCAGGAGCAUUGUGUGUGUGUGUCUGUGUGUGUGUGUGUGUCUGUGUGUCUGCGUUUAUGCGAGUGAUUUAUUAAUCAACUGCUUUGUCUGAGUUUAAGGAUUCAAGGACAUGUUACUUAUUUGGCACUGUCCGUAUUAACACAUCAUUAAUUAAGCAUUCAUUAAAUCCAGUGAUGCAUGAUGGGUAUUAUUCUGUAGCAGAAGCGACCUCACUGUAAAAGCCCAACGAAUGUGCAUGCCACAGUCCACUCCACAGGUUCCAUUAAAGCGACACAAGGAAAACUCCACCUUUCUUAAUAAUGGUGAUUCAGUAGAUUCACACACUCAGAAUGUCCACAAAGCGUGUGUUGUGGCUGGAGUUUAGAUGGACACUGUUGUCCCUCAGUGCAAUGCACCAAGAAAAUAGAGGAGCUGCUCAUUGCUGCAAAAUGUUAAACAGUGGAUGGUAGUGAGACAGCUCAAGGAAGAUCUGAGGAAACAUUAAGUACUAAAUCUUUGGAAAACAGUUUGUUUCUCUUUGGUGAGAUUAGAAGAUAAGGCUGGUGUUAUUCCAUAUGUGUUUUAUUGUCAACAAAUCCCAUGAAAAGACCAAAACCUACAGUGUGUUACUUUGUCUCUAUACAACAAAAAAUUCUUGACUCAUUGUCCACUUGCUCUUUUUUUCCGAAGCUGGUGUUUGGCAUGGGACGUUAAUCCCCUAAACCCAAUGGUGAAGGCUAUCUUUGAACAGAGGAAAGGCAUAAGAAUUUUUCCCCUCAUAUAUUCUGCUGUGUUCUGUACUUGGGUCAAAUUUUAACAACUGAGCUAAACUGAGAAAACGUUAUUAAAACUUUAUCUGUUAAGUGAGACCGAGAUAGGUAGCAAAAAGCUGCGGAAAAAAAUACUAAAUGGACCUUGAGUUAAUUUUUCUUUGUCAAGAACAAACCAUAAGGCUGAGAAACUGCAUUCAUUCUUAAUCGGUUAAGUCGAUAGCCCCUUUUACACUACCUGUUCAAGGCGGGAAUAUCGCACCAUUAUGCUACUUCACUGUUUAGUGUUAAAGGUACGAUUGCAGAAUUGGGAAACAGAGUUGUCUCACCUUUAAGCCGACAGAGAAGGUAGUAACAGCGCAGAAUCAAGGUCUGUGAAAAAGGAACAGCCAGCAGGACGGGAACAAGGACGAGGUGGGUGUGACAUUUUGAUGAUGUAUUAUGUGGGUGACCCACCACCAGAAGAUUUAAAAAGCAACUAGAAACAGUUAGCAGCUAACUCAAAGAAGAAGACAAGCAGUUGAAAAUGACCACAAAUUGGGAAAACAAUGAGGUCCUUACCCUUGGAGUAGAGAACGAGAUCAGUCGCCAUAUAAAAGGGACACUAAAUGAUUGUUACUGCCAUGUUAUGCCAUUGUUAUUGUUUACAAAGCGCUGCUGACAUGUAAGUUAUAUGUCACACCAGAGGCCAACUCUUGUUUUGGUAAUUGUCACACCUCUUUAGCUUCUGGGAUGCCGGCAUGCUGACUAAAAUUGCGCACUGGGGCAGCAUGAUGCCAUAGUUGUUUGGUUCUGGGUAAAAAUACAAAGGCGGCAUAAAGAAGGGAUUUCGUAGAGGCCCUACAACACGAUUUCUGUGUAAAAAGGGCUACUGUUAUCAUAAAACAGCUGGGCAGUGUAUUUUUUUUAUUUUUUUUUUAAACAUUACUCAAACAGGAGAAAAUGGUGCAUUUGUUGGGGACUACAUUCCGUGGUGGAUUAAUACAUGAUUGCUGCUCUAGUGGUUAUUUGGGGCACCUGGGCAGUGUAUGUGUAUUGAGUCAAAAAAUACUACGGUGUCUGCAUGCUAAUGGUAAUGAAGGAACAUGUCAGCUAGUGCAACAGUGUGACUUAUUAAUGGUGCCCUAUGUCACAGAGGAACAUAUGUCAAGCCUUGAUACACACAUAACACUUGUUCGUAGCUACAUUUAUUGUUGGUUUGGGUCUUUUGUUGGAUUUGAUGGUAAAAACAAAAAUAUGGAAUAUCACCAGACUUAUAUCUUAAUUGGCAGCAGCAUUCCAAAGUUCAUUUUGCAGUCUGAUUGAUCUAUUAGCACACAUUUUUAUUACUUCCUGGUAGGACAAACAGAAACAAGUAAGGAAAGUUCAUUGAUUUCUUUAAUACUAAUUACAAAAACAAUACACUGUAACAAUAUACAACAUACUACAUACUAUAGGAUUGGGAUAUUUUUAAUGCUCUAAUUAAAUAUUUUGACUCAUGAUUUUUAGGGACUAAUGUCUUCUACACUUUGAACCAUCCAGUUAUCCUCUGCUGGCACUAGUUGCAGCCAGUGUGAAGUUGCCUAAUGCAGCAUUAAUGAGUAUUUGAAGGUAUCAUGUAAUGCUAAUGCAGCAAAGAGGCCUUAUGCUGAGCUGAAUUCCAGUUGAAACAUUAGACUGUGAACCUGGAAGUGUUCCUGAAGAUGAGAAAGAACUAAGUGAACAGUCCCCUCUUUGUGCACUUAGAGCUCAUAUCUGACUUUACACCAUUCAGUUGGAGAAAAAAACAUUUUCGGGACAGUUUGAACGAAAGCCUUUUGAUUCUGUUAGCAUGAGUGAAUGUGCGCACAUGUCCCAGUUGUGUGUUUCUGGUCAGUGUGUCCAUCUGGCUCUACAGUUUGUGUGUGUGUGUGUGUGUGUGUGUGUGUGUGUGUGUGUGUGUUACUACAUCGCUGCUGCUAUUGCUGUUGCUGCUACUGCUAAUAUUGUUGCUACUGCUGCUUCUCAUGCCCCCCCACCCCCGUCCUCUGUCCUUCUGUCCAUCCUGUCCCCUCAACUCAUCCAAAAACUAGAAGGAGAGAAAUCUGACCCUCUGCAGUCAAAAGCACAAGUAUUGAGACAAACCAUGGUCUUGUUUCCUGUAAGAUCCAUAUUAACAUUUUGUUACGCAGAAACCUGGGCGAGUCCGUCGGGAAAUUGAUUGUCCCAACACUUCAGCCUUUGACUGUACAGACCUGCUUCAAACCCGCAUUUCUUUCCUCUUUUCCUUCCUUCUUUCUGUUGUUUUCUCGCCUUGUUCUGUCUGCGCAGUCAUAGCUUGUAAAUUGAGGAUAUAAAGAUGAAUUUUAUGUUUUCUACAAGGAGGUUUGCAUGUUACUAUUAUGUGAGUAAAUAAGGUGCCUAAUGUUCAUGUUUGAGCAGACCACACCUGAGUCAAACUGCUGCUUGGAAUCCUUACAGGUGCUUUAUAUCGGGCUGACCGCCUGUCUGGCCGAGUGGAACAGAAAUGUGAGAAAAGGUUUGCCAAAAAAUUAUUAUUUUUGUCUUUUUAUAAAGUCGUGGACAGAUGUUACAGUGGUGACUUGCUUUUGGGAGUCUGGUCUGUGUUUAUUAUUCAGCUCUUGAGCUCCUGUUUGAUUACAGACUGAUCCCGCGGUGAUUGAAGUGGACAAAAACCACAUUUAAUCCAAGCUCUACAUGAAAGUUAGAUUUGGUGACCACAGGACCAGCAGUGUGCCUGUUUCCAUGUCAGCAAAACACCGGCUGCCCCUUCAAACUGCAGCCAUACCUUGACUAUUUUUAGCCUACUAGUGGACCGGCAAUGUUCAGCCUGCUUGCUUCCAUUGUGCCAGACAGGAGCGGUCACUCCCGGCAAAGCAGCUGAGGCUAUUUCAACCAGUAAUUUGACCAGUGUGUGGAGCAGACAUAGGAACCCACUUGCACUCAAAAAGCUCCCACCUUCGUUGUGCCUCACUUCCAACGGUGCUUUUUUCAGUAGUCUGUCUUUCUUUGUUUGUUUGUAAGGUGCUGUAUAUAACUUGAAUAUAUUAUGCACAUAUCCUACCCAAUGGGUAGAAACCACAAAAAAAUGUUGUGAAUAAUGUAAUAUAAUGUAUAGACAAUAUAAGAAUUUUAAGAAGGCAACAUCAAAUUUGUAAAUGCCUACAGUUAAAAAUGUGCUUUGUCUUUUUUUUUUAUGAGAAAACAUGGUUUGCAAAGUAUGCUUAGAAUAUGGUUGCAACACAAAUACAAAUUACUACUUAUAAUAUUUUGCUAUAAAUAAUAGUCUGUUAUGAUAAGGAUGAGAUAACCUCUGUAUAAGGAAGUUGUUGAGAAAGGAUAUUAUUCACUUGUUUAUUGGAUUCCUCAUCUAAGAACAAGCUUUCACAGUGCUUGCCAUCAUUUGGGUACCGGCUGGUGGUUUUAUUUUCACCGCAAUCGACUAACAAAUGUAUAGUUCUAUUCCACAGAUCUUUUAAGAAAACUAAAAAUCGCACACUCAUCAGUCGCUGUUUAUGCCACGACUUCAGCCGGGCUCCGGUUGGAUUUCUACUCGCUUUGUAAAUUCUUGAACAAAAAGCCGAAGCUGUCUAGUUUGGGAGACGCGUCACAUGACCACUGCACAUGAGAGCCGUCAGCACUUCCAAAUAUGGAAGGAUAUGUGUCUGUACUCAUAGAUCUUAACAACAUUUUAGUUAUUUUCAGCUGUAAUUUUGUAUAUCUGCCAAAGUAUAAAUCUGUGGAGCACACUCAGCACUGCUAUAGGUCUGGCUGGAUGUCGUGUUCCAGUUAAAGCAUUUCAGCUCCGUUACAGGAGGAUCACUGACUUGUGAUUGCAUUAAAGGAGCUGUAAGCGACAUUCAGGACAUUAAUAAAGCAGCAAAGUUCUAUUUGUUAUGUAAAGAUAAAGUGGAGUAAUGACAUCCUGAGCAGAGAAUGAAGUCAGGCUACCUCUGUGUGUGUUGUAAUGGAGCUUCCCUGUGGGUUGUUGUGCCGGCCACGCGUGCAUGAUAGUGCACGUGAAUCCCCGUGAGUGUAUCCCACUGGCUAGCUAACUGCAACCGCUCUGCACUGCGCUCAUAUGAUGGUUACUGCUGAUAUUUGGACGGCAUCGUGGCGGAAGCGUAGCGCCCACCCUCUGGUUUCCCCUGGUUAACACCAUUGGCUCUGUCAGCACCGUUUGUGAAGUUAGCACUGUUAGCUGCCAGCCACUGUCUCAGCCACCUCCAUGUUGAGAACAGUGUGCAGGCUAUCCUACCCAAGGCUCUGAAUCAUAGAUAUGCUCUGAAUGUCGCAUAUAGCUCCUUUAACGUUAAACAGGAAGAGUGUAAAACAUUCAAGGAAAACUGGUCAUUCCCUUUUUGGUCAAGAUUAGAAAGUUGCUUCAGUGUGGAAUGAGUGAAAAAUGCCGUUAAAACUGUCAUUUAACUUUUCUCUCUUUAUUAUUAUUAUUAUUUUUUUUAUUUUCUAUAUUACAAUGUUAUAUGUGGCACAGUAUAUUGACACAAAAGUCAUGUUUAAUCUGCAGUCAUUUAUUUACAGUAUGUACUGAAAAUAACUCCACUGUACAAUAACCGCAGAGCAUGUUCAUUCUUAUCUAUAGACAAUGUACAUAGCAACGCGCCAUUUUCUCUUCAAAGCACCAAAUAAGUGGCAGUUGUAUAGUUUUAAUUUGGAAAAGUCUCUAUUGUAACUUUGGUUGGAGCGCCGCUCAGCUCUCCUUCUUCUUAAAGGAAGACUUCAACCCCCAAAUGACCAUGUGUGUAUCAGUAACUCACCCUGUGUUACAUUGAAUUUGUAAAGAAAACUUAGUUUUUCUCACAUGCUUCCACAGUGAACGAAGAAUCCCAAAACUGAGAAAAAUUUAGACAAAUUUCAGUCACAGAGGUCCACAUUUAACAACAGACAAACUAUAGCAAAACAUCUGUUUACAAACUGUCACACAACUUGUGCAGUAUAAAUCAAAUCUGGUUUAUCCAGCUGUUGGCUCAGUACUUCCCAAACAGCCCUUUCUGAUGGGGAACUGAACAGAAAUUGAAACUUAUCUAUGCUCUCUUCAAAGCCAGACUCCAUUGGGAAAAAAAAAAAAAACAGUCAUUUUACCUCACUGAACACAGAAGCUGCUGGUCUCUCGCUCCCUUGAUCUGUCAGUUUGUUUGUGUAACUGUGUGACUUUGCUGAAUCCAAACUCACUCUUUCAGAUACAAAAGCCACACAGUAACACAAACAAACUGACUAAUCGAGGCUGCGGUAGAGUAGCAGGUUCCUUGUUCAGCAAGGUAAAAUAAAUGCUUUUCUUAAUGGCUUAGAAGGCAGCAUAGAUAAGGUUCAUUUUAAGCUCAGUUCUCUAUCGUAGAGGACUGUCCAUUUGGGAAGUACUGAGCAUAUGACUGAAUAAAUAAGACUUGGAUCAUACUUCACGAGUUGUGUGAGAUUUUUUAAACCCGAUGUUAUGAUAUAGUUUUGCUGUUGUCAAACAUGGACCCCCAUGACUUUAAUUCAUCAAUUAUUUCCUGCAUUUUUGGAUUCUUCAUUCAGUGGAGGCAUGCAAGAUGCAACGGAACACAGGAUGAGUAAUUGAUAUACAAAUUGUCAUAUGGAAAAUGAAGUAUUCACUUAAUAGACCUUUAUUUUCAUUUCCUGCACUAGCUUGAAGAACUAACUGGGGCUCAGACUGAUUUUUCUUUGACUUCUCCCCCCUGCAGCGCGCUCCCUCUUUCCACUUAUCAGAAGUCUGUACUCAACUGCUGACAACAAGUAGCUGUUUUUAUCGUUCCAGAUUUUAAUAAUAAUGAUAAUAAUAACAAUGAUAACGUCUCAACAGUUUGGUAUUCUCUCUGUCUUGACAGUUACCAUAGGACUGCUUCCAUCAUGGGUUUUGUAACAUCAGUUUGCUUUAUUUACAAAAUGAAUCCUUCUCGUUCCCCCCUCCCCCCUCUGUGCUGAAAUCUAGAUAUAUAUGACUGUAUCCAGUAACCAUACAGUACAUAUAUAUCCAAACGCAGAGGUAAAAUUGUUGUGUAUUUUUGCCUCUUUUUAUUUAAGCAAUUGUGAUGUAAUAGGUUUUAGGCCUAAGGUCUGUUAUUGCAAUACUUUUACAGAAAAAAAGAAAAAAAAUCAAAAAAUGUUGCUCUAAGUGCUGUUGUAGUCAAAGAUUUUAUGCUUGUACUUAUGCUGUAGUCAAACUGCAGCGUAAUGAAUAAAACUU